UCCAAUUCAGUCCACAAAGUCAGGGUGUAUGUAUUUAUAUAAAUGUUCAUUAUGGACAUAUGUAUAGUUUGAAAAAGUUCAGUAUUAAUACAACGAGUACGUAUCAUAUGUAUCAUCAUUAGGACAACUUUUUUGCGUUAGUUUUGCAAUAACUUUUGUUAUAAGUGAUAAUCCAAAGGACAGUGAAGGAUUUGAUAAAAGACCAGACUCAUCAUGCAGAUCAUGCAGCAUACUAAAUAACAAUAAAUGCCAUAACUAACCAAAUAUACCCGGAUAUAAGAAAGAUAAGUUUUAAAAUGAUAAGCUGUUUGUUACUACAUAUAUCUUGACCUGGCGCAAUAGUCCUGCGUUUAACAUUGCAAAUAUACAAACAUACAUAUACAAAUACAUAUUUGUAUAUUGCAAAUAAAAUAUUGUUCAAAUAAUGACAUCCAAAAAUUAUUCUACAAACUAACACUGCAUUUCGGAUCGGCUGCUGCCUACACUCCUUGGUUGGUCCUCAAAGGCUUCACAUCAAUCUGAUUAAGUUAGUGAAAACCCCCAACAUGACCCAAUGGGAGAAAAUUGUUCAGUAUCAGUUGGUGGAAAAGGCUUGGGUUUGUUAUCAAGAACAAGAUUUUCCCAUCCAAGUUCGAAUGUUGCAAACCAAGAGAUUUUACCCAAAGUGGCUAGAAAUUUCUAUAAAUAAUGUCUAUGACACCGCUGCAAACAUCGAUUGCUCUUUUGAACCGCAAGUUGAGCAGUUCAAGACAAAUUUCUUUCGGGAAUUGAAUGCUGCUAUUGAGCAAAAGAUUUCGAAAGCAAGGGCAACGCAAAAUGCUCUUAGCAUAGUACAAACUCUUGACCUCCAAACAAGAAUUAAAGACCUUGAACGGCGUUUUAGUAAUAAUGCCUCUGGAUUUUUUAUGGUGGUAAAAACGUGUUUGGAAGCCGAGAAAAAUUUGAUCAGUGGGAUGGAUAGAGAAAUGUCGCUUGCAGUCCAGCCACAAUUAAUACCUGUUCAACCCCCAGUAUUACCCUCGUUAUUGCAACAAAGCAAAUUCAGCGUGGAGGCGGAAUUUUCCAGCCUAAGCACACUUCACCAGGAAAUAGUCCAUGAUACGAACUAUUUGCAAUCCUUGGAAUACUUCACAUCAUCGCAGAAUCAAGAUCCUCUGUCUUCAAUGGAGUCAAUUAUCAGACGGGAUCAAGUGAACUCUAGGCUUAAUCAAAAUCUGCAAAAUUUUGCAGCCCAGUCACAAAUUAUUUUCCAAAGGUUGUCGGUGCAGGUGAAUGAAAUUUCAAAAUGGUUGAAAUCAUGGAUGGUAGAUCAGCGAAGAGUACUAAAUGGUGACACUCCGAGAGUUGAUUUGGAAGAACUCAGUCUGCUAGCUAAUACUGUGACGAAAGGUCUUUUGAACUUGUACCAGAUUAUAAAAUUAUACAGCGCCAAUGGAGCAAUGAACGACAGAUUGGCCGAGAUACAAGUUUGGAUUGGUCACUGCGUCCGUACUUUAAUAACAGAAACAUUUAUUAUACAUGAACAACCCAAACAAAUCCUUCUCAUGAAGAGCAUCCUUAACAAAAAUAGCUCAAAGAAAUCGGUGAAAGUGAGGUUGUUGGUCGGACCUGCCUUGCAAAAUUUCGGAGUAACCCCGGUGGAAGCUUCACUCAUUGAGAGACCCGAAGCCAUCAAUGCGUCGAAGGACUUAAAUUAUGUUCCCAAAAUUGCCAUGAAACUUCAAAAUAAUAUCAGAGAUAUAGAUCCUCACAAGUAUAUUGCAGAUUUCAAGGAAAUUAAAAUGCCCAAAAAACGCGAAGAUUCUUCAACGACUGCAGAAAAAGGGAGCAAGCAGAAAAAUCCCACCGGAAACAAAGCGAAACAAGUCCCAACGCCGCAGAGAAAGUAUUAUUUUCAUUUUCGGAUAAAACUUUCCUGUUCUGAUCUUGAUAUUCCUGACCUGAGCUGUUCCACAACAUCUGUUCCUGUAAUUGUUGAUACGCACACAGAGAAGAAAAACGACAGUUGGGCCACCAUACUUUGGGACAACAUUUCUGCCGAGCUAGACCAAAACCCUUUCCCAGAAGACUUGAAAAUUGAUGGCAGUAAAUUAAUUGAUGUUUUUAGCAAGAUAUUUCAAAAGGAUACAGGCAGAGAAUUAUCUGUCAGAAAUAAGGAAUUUUUGCUGAAAAAGAUUAUGAGCUGUUCCGAUGUUCCCACUGAAAAAGUGAGUUGGGAAAUGUUUUUUCAUCACCCGUUACAAAACUGCUUAAGACCAGAAAAAUUGGUUGGGACGCAAAACGAGUCUCCAGACAAUGACGACGAGUCUGACUUGGAAUCAAUCACGUCAAAGUCAUCCAAACCUGUCAAGGUGAAACACGUAACGUUUCAUUCUUGGAUAUAUGAAAUCAAGCAAAUGUGCACGCCAUGCACCCAAAAUAAAACGGGGAUUCCCAAAUUUUGGAAGGAUGGCAUGAUUGAAGGAUUCAUUGAUAGAAAUACCCUUCAUGAGGAGCUACAGAAGAAAAAAGGUCGAUUUGCUUUGUAUUUUUCCGACGCGUUACUUGGAGGCCUGACAGUUGCUUGGUAUAACUUGGAAAUGAAAAAAUUGCAACGACUUUCUCCGUUCACGCCCAACACGUUCGUCGAAAAUAACGAACUCGAACGUCGACUUCAUGAUCAGACGCAGCUACAAAACUUGUACCCUGGUGAUCAACCGAAAAACAUUGCAUUUCCGUUUGAUGCAGAUCGAAUGACUGUAAUGCAAAGAAAAUUGGCGAAUGGUGGAUAUACUCCUCACUGUUCUAAACUGCAACAGAUGAAUCCAUUGAGUUAAUAAAUUACAAAUUUCCCUUGGUCGUCGUUACUUGCUAUUAUCAAAGGCUUCGUUUCGACUUGCUAAAUGCUAACUAUUCUAUAAUACCUGGUAAUUCGAUAAUCUAUUUCUACGUUACUACGAAAAAAUAGGAGACCUGAGAUUUAUCUCCUGAUGAAGAGAGAAGACUAGAACCGAAAGCUCCAGCAAAAUAUUGUUUGCACAAUUGCUGCUUUGCUGUACUCCACUAAAUUAUUGCUAAUUGUGUUAUCUUUACUGAAGCAUUUACAUUGAUUUAAGUUAAAAAGGUCAUAUAAACAUCACUAUACUUGCAAUAUGUAAAACCUACAGUGCAGACUUGAUAUAGCCCGAGUCAGGCUAAGUUGUGCUUAUCCCCUAAUCCGACUUUUAUGCAUAAAAUUUUGUAAAUAUAUAUCAAUAAAUUUAUAAAUUUAAAUGGAUUUUUUUCAAUUUAAA